CCAAACUCUCGGCUGCCAAGUUGGAACUUUUUAUUAAUAACUUUUUGCCUACCUAGUCCUUUACGACCAAUUUUGAUUUCAUCAAGGGAGGCCGUAUGUUUAUCCUUUGGGACCCUAAACUAUAUGCAUGUACUAUUGUUGAUGUUGGCAGUCAAUACAUUCACUCUGAUGUUGUUUGUUUGACUACGCAGAAGUCCUUUGCCAUUACUUUUGUUUAUGCUCUUUAUACUGUCCAGAUUAGAAGAGAACUCUGGGACAAGCUCUCCUCCCUUGCCGUGUGCAAACCUUGGGCAAUAAUGGGGGAUUUCAAUUCUGUUCUGGCAUCUAAUGAAAGAGUAAAUUGCUUCAGUAUUGGGGCCUAUUACUUCAAUGACCUGCUGCACUUUCGGGCCUCAAAUAGACUUAUGGAUGCUCCCUGUGAUGGCCUUUUCUUUACAUGGCAUAAAGGCAACAAGUUGGCCAAGCUUGAUCGAGUAAUUUUGAACCACAAUUGGGGAGAUAUUGGUGCUGAUUGUAAGGCUAUGUUUCUGGAUAUGCAAGCCCAAUCUGACCACUACCCAGUGCUAUUUGAUUCCAGUAGCUCCCGGCAAAGGAAAUCAAGGCCGUUUAGAUUCUUCAAUAUGUGGACAAAGCAUGAGAAAUUUCCCCAAAUUGUUUCACGUGUGUGGGACCAAAAGAUUGAUGGUACCAAGCAGUUUGUGCUUACUUCUAAGCUCCUUUUCCUUAAACAUCCCUUUAAGGAUCUUAACAGGGCAGAGUUUGGUCACAUAUCCAACCGUCUUGCUGAUGCCAAAAUCAAGUACAAAACUUUGGUGGAGCAGCUUAUGGGUGAUCCUGACAGCUUGGAGCUUGUCCGGUUGGUGAACAAGCAGAGAAGAAUCACCAACUUUCUGAUUGAAGCAGAAUUGGCAUUCUACAAACAAAAGGCCAAGUGUGACUUCCUUACCAAAGGGGACAUAUGCACCAAAUACUUCUACUCUGUGGUGAAAAAGAAGCGGAGUACCAAUUCCAUUCCCUUCUUGGUGCGUAGUGAUGGAACCAAAACCACAUGUCACAGUGAGGUUGUAGAUUCCUUUGUUGAUUUCUUUCGCGGCCUCUUUGGUACGGGUAUUCAAGUUGAACCACUCUCCAGCGAGGUGUUGCCCUCAGGUUCACUGGUACCGGUCAAUUCUUGGGAUGCUCUUCUUGCUCCAAUUACCAUUAAAGAGGUCAAGGAGGCUGUUUUUAGUAUUGGGGAUGACAAAGCCCUUGGACCCGAUGGAUUUAGUGCUAGUUUCUUCAAAUCCCAGUGGCAACUGGUUGGCCCUGAUCUGUUUGAAGCAGUGGCAGAAUUUUUCCAUCAUGGAAAACUCCUCAAGCAACUCAAUCAUGCUUUCAUUGCACUCAUCCCCAAAACCACUCAUAACCCAUCUGUGAAAGACUUUAGGCCUAUUGCCUGUUUGAAUGUGAUCUAUAAAGUUAUCACCAAAAUCCUUGCUCAAAGAAUGGCUCCAUUGUUGCCAAACUUGAUUGGCCCGGCUCAGGGAGCGUUUGUGGAGGGCCAAGGAUGGCACGUUCCAUUACCAUCCGGAUUGUCUACCUUGGGCAUUACGCACUUGGCUUUCGCGGAUGAUAUUAUGCUUUUCUCCAAGGGGGAUUUUACUUCGGUCACAGCUUUAAUGGAGGUUUUGAAUCAUUUCUCUGCCGUCUCUGGUCUUCAUCUCAGCCCCACCAAAUCCAACAUUUUCGUUGCCGGGAGGGAUAGAGACCGAAGUGAAGACAUACUUAGCCUUGUUCAUUUUCCAGUGGGGCAGCUCCCUAUGAGCUAUUUAGGGCUGCCCUUGCCGUCCCAAAGGCUCAAGGAAUCUGAUUUUGCCCCAUUGAUCAACAAAAUUGAUAACUUCUUACGUGGUUGGAGCACCAACAAGCUUUCUUAUGCCGGGCGCGUUGAACUCUUGAGGGCAGUCAUCCAAGGGACUGAAUCCUUCUGGCUUCAAGCAUUCCCUACGCAAAAAGUUGUACUCAAUAGAAUCACAGGCCUGUGCUGUGACUUCCUAUGGGGCAGUAAGUUUGCUAAGGUCGCCUGGGUUGACAUAUGCAAGCCCAAAACCGAAGGGGGACUAGGGCUUAAAGAGCCAGUCAUGUGGAACAAUGCUUUGCUUUGUAAAGUCUUAUGGAACAUUGCCAACAAAAAAGACUCUCUAUGGGUUCGUUGGGUCCACAACAUCUACCUUAAUGGGAGGAGUGUUUGGAGUUGGAUCCCUAAGAAGAGGGAUUCUUGUCUAUUCAAGAGGUUGGCCGAGAUUAGAGACCCCCUCUUUGUUAAGCUUGGUAAUCCCCUUUCAAUUGAAGAUCCUUUGAAACCUUUCUGCUUCAACAAUAAGCUUCUUUCCGGGAAAAUCUAUGAUUUGUUUAGGGUUCGUUCUCACCCGAAGCCCUGGAUGAAGUUCAUCUAGCAACCGUUUAUUCCACCAAAAUGCUCUUUCACCUUGUGGUUGGCGUUCAGAAACAGAUUACCCACAAAGGUAAAUCUUGGAUUCCUUGAUGUUGGAACCCUUCUCUUGUUUUGAUCGUGUUGAUGUUUUUUAAGGAGCAUAUAGAUUAAACUAGCUGGGAAUGC